GCUGGGCGGCGGCGGCGGCGUGCACUCGCGUAGACGGUCGUUGGCGAUGGUCGUGGUGGCAGCGGCGCCGAGCCCGGCCUCUGGGGCCCCCAAAGUACUGCUUCUAUCUGGCCAGCCCGCCGCCGCCGCCGCCGCCGCCGCCGCCGCCGGAACCCCGGCCGGCCGGGCCUUGCCGCUCAUGGUGCCGGGUCAGAGUGGGGCCAGCCCCGAGGCGGCAAGCGGGGGGCCGCCCCAGGCGCGCAAGCGACAGCGCCUCACACACCUGAGCCCGGAGGAGAAGGCGCUGAGGAGGAAACUGAAAAACAGAGUAGCAGCACAGACUGCCAGAGAUCGGAAGAAAGCUCGGAUGAGUGAGCUGGAACAACAAGUAGUAGAUUUGGAAGAAGAGAACCAAAAACUUUUGCUAGAAAAUCAGCUUUUACGAGAGAAAACUCAUGGCCUUGUAAUUGAAAACCAGGAGUUACGACUGCGCUUGGGGAUGGAUGCCCUGGUUGCUGAAGAGACAGAGGCCAAGGGGAAUGGAGUGAGGCCGGUGGCCGGGUCUGCUGAGUCCGCAGCACUCAGACUACGUGCAUCUGCAGCAGGUGCAGGCCCAGUUGUCAUCCCCUCAGAACAUCUCCCCGUGGAUUCUGACAGCGUUGACUCUUCAGACUCUGAGUCUGAUAUCCUGUUGGGCAUUCUGGACAACUUGGACCCCGUCAUGUUCUUCAAAUGUCCUUCCCCAGAGUCUACCAGCUUGGAGGAGCUACCAGAGGUCUAUCCAGAAGGACCUAGUUCCUUACCAGCCUCCCUUUCUCUGUCAGUGGGGACGUCAUCAGCCAAGCUGGAAGCCAUUAAUGAACUAAUUCGCUUUGACCAUGUAUACACCAAACCUCUAGUCUUAGAGAUGCCCUCUGAGACAGAAAGCCAAACUAAUGUGGUAGUGAAAAUUGAGGAAGCACCUCUUAGCCCCUCUGAGAAUGAUCACCCCGAAUUCAUUGUGUCGGUGAAGGAAGAACCUGUAGAAGAUGACUUCAUUCCAGAGCUGGGCAUCUCUAAUCUGCUUUCAUCCAGCCACUAUCUGAAGCCAUCUUCCUGCCUGCUGGAUGCUUAUAGUGACUGUGGAUAUGAGGGCUCCCCUUCCCCUUUCAGUGACAUGUCCUCUCCACUUGGUGUGAACCCUUCUUGGGAGGACACUUUUGCCAAUGAACUCUUUCCCCAGCUGAUUAGUGUCUAAGGACUGUUGCCCUUUUCCUUGACUAUUGACCCUGCCAGGAGGAGAGCAGAGAA